UAAAAAUAAGGCACGUUUUUUUUUUCUUUCGGAUUAUAGAAUCUAAACACCCUUAUUCAAGGGAAAAGCAAUUCAGAUUAUAUAAUUUGAAACGGUAUCAACAUAAAUUUUGAGUAUGUUUGUAACAUGAAUAGUCAAUUUAAUGACCAUAUUAAUCUCCCUAACUCUCGUCCUUUUAUUUUAAGUCAUUGUUAGCAGUUUUUAGUUAAAAAUCCAAUUUUUCACUCAAAUUCCAUCGCUUAGACCCAUUUUUGGUUAGGAAAUUGUUAUUUGUCCCGAAAGAAUGCAUCACGACAGAAUCACAAGAGCCUAUUUACUCAAUAUAUUUCAUAAAUUACACCCAUUACCCUCCCAUGUUUUCCGCUCAACAACUUAUUUUAUUGGACAAUUGCUUUUCGGAACGGUUCGGGAUAGAAUUCCUCUAGAUGAAUAGCACUACUCUAUUUGGUGAAUGAUUUAUAAUGAUCAUUGUUAGCACUUAUAAAUCAUUCACCAAAUAUCACAGCAUCAUUGACAGUGGAGUCGAACUUACGCUUGUGGGAUAUGCAUCAACUUAUUACGAGCCAAACCAAGAUUCAUUCACUCUAGAUUAAUGGGAAUUUUAUUUCCCUUAGAUUUUCAUUUUCAUUAUGAAAACAAUUAUGAACACAACUAUCAUGUGAAGAGUUUGAACCUAACUUCCCUCCCAUAAAUGUGUAUAUAUAGUCCUUCAAUCUCAAAAGCUUAUUGCAGCCUGAUCUUGAAGAUGGGAAGCAUGUCGAAUUCAUUGAAACCAGCCUUGCUAAUGGUUGGGGUGCAGAUGGUAUUUUCUGCUUGCAAUAUUAUCUACAAGCUUGCCAUUUAUGAUGGAAUGAAUAUCAUAGUCAUUGCAGCCUAUCGUCUCGCCUUUGCAGCUGUUACUACUAUUCCUCUUGCUCUUAUUUUCGAAAGGAAGAGACCGAAGAUGACUUGGAGAGUGUUUUACCUUUCACUUCUAAGUGGAUUAUUUGCCGGACUUUUAUUUCAAAACCUAUUCUACGGAGCUCUUGUUUUGACGUCAGCAACUCUUGUAUCAGCUAUCUACAACCUUAUUCCCUCCGUCACUUUUGUUUUGGCCGUAUCUUUCGGUUUCGAGGAAUUAAAUUGGGGAGCAGUAACGGGAAAGGCAAAGGUUGUAGGAACUAUACUUGGAUUUGCUGGGGCAUUGGUGUUGACAUUUUACAAAGGAGUAGAAUUUGAUAUUUGGCCUUUUGCAAUCAAUAUUUUGGAUCCAAAGAACGACCACACGGAACAUGUCACUGAUACUACCACUGAAUUGUUAGGUGUUCUAUGUGUCUUACUCAGUUGCUUCUGUUUCUCAAUCUGGCUCAUCAUUCAGGCUAAGAUCAGUGAAGUAUAUCCAUGCCCUCAAUCAAGCAUAGCUUUGAUGUCUGUAAUAGGAACAAUACAAUGUGUUAUUUUCGGUUUUAUUGUUGAGAGGGAUUUGAACCAAUGGAAACUUGGUUGGGAUAUCAGGCUCCUCACCGUUGUUUUUUCGGGAGUUUUUGCAUCUGGAAUAAUGAUUUUUGUCAUGGCAUGGGUCGUACAGAAGAAAGGACCUUUAUAUGCGUCUGCUUUCAACCCUCUAAUGCUUUUGAUUGUAGCUUUCGUCGCAUCCAUGCUCUUGGAUGAGAAGUUAAACCUCGGAAGUAUACUAGGAGGAGUGUUGAUUGUUUGUGGCCUAUACGCGGUGCUAUGGGGUAAAGGUAGAGAAACACAUAAGAAGAUUGAAUUAGAGCCCUCAGAAAUCAUUGGUGAUUCCGAAGCUGCAAGGCCAUUGUUGAGUCCAUGAGUCGUGCUCAUUUAAAAUAGUAAAAAUGAGUAUCGAUGCUCAUUUAAAAUUGUAAAUUUUCACUCUAAGAAUCGAGAAAUUUAGAUUGUGUAUGUAUGAAUGAAUGUAUAAAUGUAUGAUACAAUGUCCAUUUGAAGUACUGAUUUCUCCAGCUAUUAUGUACGCAUGACUCUCACUCUUACUACACAUGGUUAUUGUGAUGUACAACAACAUGAUAAAUUCCAUUUUAGAGAACUAUAUACUCCCUCCGUUUUAAAA